AUGGCUUUGAUCGGAGGAACUUUCCCUUCUGUGGCCCCUCCUACCAAGGCGGUCUUCAAGAUCCGCAGUUCUAAACAUCGCGAGGUCGUCGAACAAAGCUGGCUCGAGAUUGAUAAGGAUGAGAAUCGGAUGUUUGCAGAUAUUGGAUCCAAGGCCGGUGGUGUUCAGGAAAUGCGGAUCUGA